AUGUUUAGGAAAACACUACCAGUACUUCUAAAACAGGCUGUUAGACGUUACCAGCUUCCAGCCAAGGCUGAGAAGAAGAUUAUUCCAGUAUAUCCACCAGUUGAAAGAGUUUCCAACCCAUUGGUGAUUAAGACUCUCGCUGAGAAGGAUCUAAAAGUUUUGGAUCCUAACGGAGUGAAGACAGAGUUGAUCUCGAGGAAGAAUCCUAACUGUUUACGCGCGGGGGAUGUUGUGCGUGUAGUCUAUGACUCCACAAAGUGCAAUUAUGAUACUUUUACAGGAUAUAUUCUAGCAGUGGAUCGUAAACCUUUGGUGCAGGAUUCAUCAAUUCUAUUAAGAGAUCAUAUUUAUAAGACGUGUGUCGAAAUGAGAGUGCCAAUCUUUUCCCCAUUAGUGGAAAGAAUUGAUUUGAUCAGAAGAGCGGACGGUAGAAGAGGCAGAAACAAGCAUUAUUACAUCAGGAACACCAGAUUAGACGUCGGAGAUUUGGCAGCAAGUAUGAGAAAGAAGAAACACAAUUGA